AUGAGAUGGAACAAAAAGUUAAAGGGUAAUGCCAAGAAGGACAUUGAGGUACUAAAGCAGAAAAUCACAGAUAGCAGGCAUGCAAGGGGGCCUAAUGCAAAAGAGGAAACCAAUUAUCUGCUAAAAAAGCUUGCUGAUGCCUAUAGAAAAGAGGAAGUCUUCUGGGGACAAAAAGCUAGAUUGAGCCAAGUUGAUGUAAUCCUUGAAGGAAUUCCUCAAACAAUUACCACUCAGAUGAACAUGAGGUUAACAAGACCUAUUACAGAAUGGGAGGUCAGGAAGGCAGUGUUCUCAUUGCAUCCAAACAAGGCACCAUGGCCAGAUGUGCAAUGUCAAAAACUAUUUGGACUGCGAAUAGCAAAGGAGUGCCCUGCAAUUUCUCAUCUGUUUUUCGCAGAUGACACUCUUAUUUUCUACAGGGCAACAAAGGAGGAGGCACAACAGGUAAUGCAGAUUUUAAAAAUAUAUGAAAAUGCAUCUGGUCAAAUGAUCAAUGCUGAUAAAUCAUCUGUGCUUUUUGAAAAAAAUAUGCAAAAGGAUAAAAAGGAAGAGGUGAUAGAGGUGCUAGAAGGCAUGAAGCAAAUACAACAGAGUAGGUAUUUGGGCCUACCGGUGGUAAUAGGAAGGACAAAAAAACAGGUGUUCAGCUAUAUAAAGGAGAGAGUGGUGCAUAGGUUGAAGGGGUGGAAGGAAAAACUGUUGAGUCAAGCUGGUAAGGAAGUAAUGCUGAAAUCUGUCAUACUAGCAAUGCCUACAUAUGCAAAGGGAUGUAUUAGACUGUCAAAAGGAGUCUGUGUUGAUAUAUGUAAAGAGAUGGCAAAGUUCUGGUGGGGUGGAAAUGACAAAGAUAGGCAGAUUCACUGGUUAGGAUCGGAGAGACUCACAGAUGUUAAAGGAAAUGGAGGAUUGGGUUUUAGAGAUCUAAUGGAAUUCAAUACUGCAAUGCUGGCAAGACAAUUAUGGAGGAUUUUAACUAGGCCAAAUCUGAUGAUGAGUAGGAUACUGAAGGGAAGGUAUUUUAAGGGGGAGUCAAUCUGGAAGAUGAAAAUUCAUGAGAGUGACUCUUGGAUGUGGAAGAGUGUGCUCAGUGCAUGUGAGUUGCUGGAAAGGGAAGCAAAAAAAAGAGUGGGAGAUGGGUGUACAAUUGAUGUAUGGGCAGAUAGGUGGCUACCUGAUAGAGGAAAAGGGGUGGUUACUACAGUAAAGCCUCCUGGUUGCUCUAUACGAAAAGCAAAUGAGCUUAUUCAGAAUGGGGAAUGGAGAAUGGAGCUCAUGAGGAUCUUGCCAGUGAAUGAAGUAAUAAAGAGUAGAACUGGGAAAGGGGAGGACAAGUGCUUAUGUUAUGGAGAGGGAACUGAAACACUAGAGCAUAUGUUAUUUUUCUGUCAGCAGGCAACAAUGAUAUGGAAGGAUGCACCUGUGAGAUGGGAUGGAAUGGAACAUUUUAGGCCCAAUUUCUGGUUAUGGUGGAACAGCCUAAUGGAUGCUCAGCAGAGAAAGGAUAGAAGAGAGCAUAUAGUGUUGACAGUAAAUAUUCUGUGGCAGGUAUGGAAGGCAAGAAAUAAAGUUCAAUUUAAUAGAGAGAAAAAAUGUCCUAGGAUGAUAAUUAACCAAGCGGUGCAAGAGUGGCAAGAGUAUGAGUUGGCCAAUCAGAAAAUAAGAGGGGCUGAACAAGAAACAGGUCCACAAAGUCAAGACAGAUGGACACCGCCAAUAGGAGGAGUUGUAAUGCUCAAUACGGAUGCAGCAACUGAUAUAAAGCAUAGGAAAGCUAGCUGGGGUUUCAUAGCUAGGAGGGGAGAUGGUGAUAUUGUUGGAGCUUGGGCUGGUAUUGAAAAAAGAUGUAGUGAUCCUGUUGUGGAAGAAGCUUGUGCCAUUAGGAAAGCUUUAACGGUGGCAUUGCAGGAAGGAUGGGUGAAUAUUGAAGUACAAUCUAAUUGCAAGAUAGUAGUAAGCAAGAUCCUAGAUGAAGACAUAAGGGAUGCAAAGAUUGGAACGCUAGUUGAAGACAUAAAGCUGUUAAAAAACAACUUCAGAAAUUGCAGCUUUUCCUUCAUUAGACGAGAAGGAAAUGUGGCCAGUCAUAGUUUGGCAAGGUUUGCCUUGAACUUAGUAGAGGAUGUCUACUGGAAGGUUUCCUUCCCUCUCUGGUUAAUUAGAUUAGCUAGGGAAGAUUUAGGAGCAGUUGCUCCAGUUUUGUAA